CGAAUAAAUGACAACUUGGCUUGCCAUAAUAAACGAUCAUACGAUUAGAAUUAAAGAGUGUUUAUCAACUUUCUUCAUUUCAUUACAUCAACCUAACGUCACGAAUCGUCCGAAAUGUAAUUUCAAUUUUUGCGCCUCAAGUUGUUUCCCCUGUAGAUAAACAGCACAAACUGAUGACGUCACAAAAUAUGUACACACACAUGGCGCACCUGGAAGUUCACUUACUGUGUAUUCGAUAGAAAAAUAUCCGGUAAGAUAGGUAUACGGUUAUAUUGACCGUAAUCACCUGGUGAGAUGAAUGCACUAAACAUUUAUCUAACGACAUGCCGCUAUGUCAUGCAGGCUGAUUUGGCCGAUCGCGAGACUUGGAGCGAUUUGUAUCGAUAUUUACCGUUUCUCCGCCAGGCCUUGUCGUGUUGUGUAUGUCGGAACCUGAUCGUGAGACCAAUGGGACCUAUACAGAAUGUCUGUCAACACUUUGUCUGCUUCGCAUGUAAAGGUGGCAAAAUGAAGCUGAAACCUCAGUGUAGUUGGUGUAAACAUCAUGACGAAUUUCAAGAGAAUACUCAGCUUCGAAUAGCAGUGAUUUGUUUUAAGAAGCUCUGUGAAUACAUAGCCGACUCACCCAUUGGCACUGAUCUGCUCGUUCAGACACCUAACGGGGAAACAAACAGUCUCAGCACUAUAAUACAGGACGCUUUGGACUUUGAGGACGAUUUUAAACUGUCCUCAUCAUUACCAUUGCCACCAGGUUUUGACUUGAAUAACAAACAUAAAUAUUCACCCAGACAGACGUCAAAAUCGAAAUCACCUCCAAAAUGUGUCAAACGUUCAGAAAAGAGUCACAAAUCAUCUUCUGAGAAAAAAGACUCGUCUGAUUUAACAUGUAGCAGCAUUAAAGACAAAUCAAUGUUAUGUGAAAUUCCAAAGAGUUUAAUAGAACCCGAAGUGCAGUGCUGUAGUACACUAGUAGAAAAUGACUUGGAACCACAAUUGAAUUCUUCAUCACAGAGUGAUGAAUCCAUCGAGGUUGAUGUAACUGAUACAGAUACCAGUAUUGAUUCUAAAUCUGAAAAUCCACUUAAGCGAAAGCGUGACAGCGAUCAUGGCAACAGAUCUGUUUUGUAUGAAAGCACUAUCCUCACCUCUGGAACACCAGGAUCAAGGACGGAUAACUCUCAGCUGCCAGAGCCUAACACAAACAUACUUACUCUAGGUACAGGCAGUGAGCAAAAGGAUUUGAAAACAUGUAAAUGUGGCCGAGGUGGAACAAACAGUCGUCUCACCUGUCUCGGUCAGCGUUGUCCCUGCUAUAUCAACAAGCUACCCUGUAUAGGCUGCAAAUGUAAGGGAUGCCGCAACCCUCGCAUGAUCGAACAUGACAGACUUAAAAUGGUCAAAACAGACAAUUCUUCACAGAUGGAUUCUAUUGUUAACAGUGAAAAUUUGUUUGUUGAUGUUUAGAAUUUUAUAUUGUAUUCAUACGUAUUUAAUAAUGUCGCCAUUUUGUAAAAUCAUACAUGCAUAGUGCUCUUAUUUUUAGCCCACCAUCAUCAGAUGGCGGGCUAUUCAAAUCGCCUCGCGUCCCUUGUCCGUUCGUUCCUCCGUCCAUAAACAAUUCUUGUUAUCGCUAUUUCUGAGAAAGUACUGAAGGGAUCUUUCUCAAAUUUCAUCUGAAUGUUCCCCUUGGU